UUGGGAAAACCUUUACAGUAGUAUAAAUGGCUGCACAUCUCGUGCGUAAAAUGAGAAGGAUAGUUGAAUUUAGAGUCGAUCUACAACAAUGGAGUUCAGUUUAUUGAUUUUCCUGAUCCUUUCAUGCUCCCUUUGUUACGUUUUUGCGUUGUCACCGAAACAAGAGGUGUGUCUUCUUCAAGUAGACGAGGGGCCUUGCAGAGGAGAUAUCCAGCGUUACUACUACAAUACUAUCACUCAACACUGUGAGGUGUUCAGCUAUGGAGGCUGCCAAGGGAAUGGCAACAACUUCAUGAGUUUUAUGGAAUGUAAGAAAGCAUGUUUUAGGAUACCAAAGAUCCCCCAGAUCUGCAGGUUCCAGAAGGAGGAGGGUCCCUGCCGUGCCAUGCACUGGCGCUACUUCUUCAACAUGACCACCAUGCAGUGUGAGCAGUUUGUCUAUGGCGGCUGUCAGGGCAACGAGAACCGCUUCCAGAACCAGAUGUCUUGCAUGGAGUACUGUAGACCACACAAAACUACUCCUGUGCUCUGCCUGGAUCCCCUGGAUAAAGGAGGCUGUGCUGCGUCUAUUCUGCGGUAUUACUACAACUCAGCUUCCAGGAUGUGUGAGCGGUUCAUCUAUUCAGGCUGUGGAGGAGGCAGCAACAACUUUAUAUCCAGGCAAAGCUGCAUGGACGUCUGUGCUAAAGCUGGGAAACCAUGGAAACCCAGAAGAACAGGCAUGAAGAGAACAACCACCAAAAAACGCAUUAGAAUAAAGUCUAAUAACGGUAUUAAAUGGUCAACAAUUUGAUUCAGUGAUUUUUAUUCAAAGAGACACAUGGAUUGACUGUAAAUGAAUAGACAUUGAAAUGUUGAUUUGUAUGUUUUUUCCUGCACCAGAAGUAACUAGCUACUUGCACUGCCUUUUCUAUAGAUGUUAACUGUGAUGCACUGUUGAAAAUAGCAUCCAACCACUCGAAUUGGAAUCAACCUACACCAGCAGUAUUUUUGCUGUGUACCUUUCUCAAGACGGUGUAUUGUAGAAUACAUUUACCAUGGCAGCUAUCACACAAUAUAGCAUUUCAUUUUUGUUAGCAAAAUAAUGAAUGUAUUUUUAGUAUUUUGUGUUUUUAACAUAGUGUAUUUCAACAAAAACCUUUGGUUAGCUUUAUAUGAAGUUUUCGCACAAUGGCAUAUUUUGGAUAUCAUUUAACUUUGCCUUGUCUGGAUAGUCUUGUUAUUAAGCAGGAAUAAGAACUGAAUGUGUAUCAAUACUUAUUCUGUAUUUGUUCUUAACUGACUUGCCUAGUUAAAAAAAAUUAAAUGACAUGUUUAUUUUCCUCUGGAUCCUCUUUGGUUAGAUAUGCUUGCAUCAUCACCUUGUCCCUUCUCAUCUGGGUUUCCAGGUGAUAGCACAGCCACAAGGUCAAAAUUGGCUAUUAUCAUACAAAUUUAUGAGAACAAAAAUGCCGUUUUUGGUCUUAAUUUAAGGUUAGGGUUAGUCAUAAGGUUAGCAGUGUGGUUAGUGGUAGGUUUAAUAUCACAUUUUAAGAAGAGAAAUUGUAGAAAUAGGCAGGGUUUAUGACUGUGGUCACAAAGUCAACACAUCAAUUUAAUAUGUGAUACAUACUGACACACCUGCAGGUACAUUCCCGUCCAUUAUACAAUAACAUGACAUGACAAUUCAGAUUUAUUUCUUUGUUUUGACAUGAACCCUAACUUGAAAGUUUUGGUUUGAAACAAACUCAGAAUAGAAAAGUAAUAACCUGUUUUGUUAACUCUCAUACAAUUUAUUGUAUCUGGAAAUAUUAGUUUUGGCAGCAUAAUCAGUAUACACAGUGCUUUACUUGGUCAGGAGCUCACCGGAACUGAGUACUGGCACCUCAAAAUGUCUACUGCUUCCAAUAGCAUAUUGGCGUAAAACUAUUGCAGAGUUCCUGCACCUAAAUACAGUAUAAACAGUACCGGCACACAAAAUGAGUACCGGCACCAAUUUCAGACCAAGUCAUGCACUGACUAAACAGGCAUAUUUUUCUUGAUUUCGGUGUUGUGUCUCCUAAAACUAUACCUAGGAGCAUUUUUUUGUCAUACACUCCGUUUUACCCAUCUUGUGCUUUUUCAAUUUUUUCAAUUUUUUGAUUUAACUAGGCAAGUCAGUUAAGAACAAAUUAUUAUUUAUAAUGACGGCCUACCCCGGCUAAACCUGGACCAAUUGUGCUCUGCCCUAUGGGACUCCCAAUCACGGCCGGAUGUGAUUCAGCCUGGAUUUGAACCAGGGACUGUAGUGAUGCCUCUUGCACUGAGAUGCAGUGCCUUAUACCGCUGCGCCACUCGGAAGCAAAAUAGCAUUUUUCAACCACAUGAUUCAACCAUUCCAAAAAAUAAUAGUUGCGCACUGAUUCUGCAUCAAUAAAUAUUGAUGGAAGUCAUCAAAGGUAAACUGCUAUCCCAUUCAGUUGGGAUAUAAAUAGUGUAAAACCUGUUGGGCUGGUUCUCUAUUAGGACUCCAGGGUAAACCAUCCAUUGCUGAGGACGUGGUAUCAGAAAGGAUGUCAUAAGUAGGCCUAUCAAUCUAUCUGGCUGUGGCUAUCUCCCUGUCCUUAGAUGGGGUCACAGGAUGCUAGCGUUGGGAAGGAGGCGGACAAUUAAUGAGAACAAAAAUGCACUUUUUGGUCUUAAUUUAAGGUUAGGGUUAGUCAUAAGGUUAGCAGUGUGGUUAGUGGUAGGUUUAAUAUCACAUUUUAAGAAGAGAAAUUGUAGAAAUAGGCAGGGUUUAUGACUGUGGUCACAAAGUCAACACAUCUGUCACACCCUGACCUUAGGGAUCCUUAUUAUUCUCUAUGUUUGGUUAGGUCAGGGUGUGACUCGGGUGGGAAAGUCUAUGUUUUCUAUUUCUUUGUUUUUGUCCGAGUGUGGUUCCCAAUCAGAGGCAGCUGUCUAUCGUUGUCUCUGAUUGGGGAUCAUAUAUAAGUUGUCAUUUUCUUUUUGGGUUUUGUGGGAUCUUGUUUUCUGUUUAGUGUCUGUGCCUGACAGAACUGUUCACUUUCGUUUUCGCUUUCGUUAUUUUGUUGAAGUGUUUUUUGAAUAAAAGGAAUCAUGAACACUUUC